UUUUACGCGAUCACUUGGACAGACAAUAUUUGCCUGCCAACCCAUUCGACUUGCCUCAACUCAUGGUAUCGCUAUAACUCUCGGCAACAUGGGUAUCAAACAACUCUAUCAUGUCAUCGCCGAUGAGGCUCCUGAUGCCAUCAAAACCGGUGAGAUUAAAAAUCACUUUGGUAGAAAGGUGGCAAUUGUGAGUGUGUCCGAGUCAUGCUAUAGGCCGUUCCACUGACACGGUAACUUAGGAUGCAUCGAUGAGCAUCUACAGCUUCCUGAUUGCCGUGCGAUCUGAAGGCCAGCAACUCAUGUCAGACACGGGCGAGACCACCUCACACUUGAUGGGCAUGUUCUACAGGACCCUGCGCAUUGUUGACAACGGAAUCAAACCACUAUACGUCUUCGACGGCGCACCUCCGAAACUCAAGUCAGGCGAGCUGGCCAAACGAUUCGCGAGAAAGAACGAAGCCAAUGAGCAGCACGAGGAAGCAAAAGAGACAGGCACUGCUGAAGAAGUUGAAAAAUUCUCGCGGCGUACUGUGAGAGUGACAAGAGAACACAAUGAAGAAUGCAGAAGACUGUUGAAGCUGAUGGGCAUUCCAUACAUCAUUGCACCGACCGAAGCUGAAGCCCAAUGCGCGGUUUUAGCUCGUGCUGGUAAAGUAUAUGCUGCAGCCUCUGAGGACAUGGACACGCUCUGUUUUGACGCGCCCAUCCUCCUCCGCCAUCUCACCUUCAGCGAACAACGAAAAGAACCCAUCCAAGAAAUCCACCUCGACAAAGCGUUGGAGGGGCUAGGGAUGGACCGAAAUCAGUUUAUCGAUCUCUGCAUUCUGCUUGGCUGUGACUACGUCGACCCAAUUCCCAAGGUUGGACCAAACACGGCGCUGAAGCUGAUCCGUGAACAUGGCUCGCUUGAAAAGGUGGUCGAGUUCAUGGAAACCGAUUCUAAAAAGAGAUAUGUGAUCCCUGAAGAUUGGCCGUACAAAGAUGCACGAGAGCUAUUCCUCCAUCCUGAUGUUCGACCAGCAGAUCAUCCUGAAUGUGACUUCAAGUGGGAAGCUCCAGACGUCGAGGGCCUUGUCCAAUUCCUGGUUCAUGAAAAAGGAUUCAGUGAAGAUCGGGUCAGGAAUGCCGCACAGAAAUUGCAAAAGAACGUCAAGACGGCGCAACAGUCCAGACUCGAAGGGUUCUUCAAGGCAGUGCCAAAAAGUGAGAGUGAGAAGAAAGACUUGAAGCGCAAGCAUGAUGAAAAGGUUGCCGAGGCCAAGAAGAAGAAAAAAGAAGAUACAAAGACGAAAAAAGAAGCACGAGGAAAGGCACACAUCUCAACAUAAUGUGCAGCGAGAACGCGUUAUGACUUUAUUGAAAUGGUUUCGUCAACGCAUCUCAUCGCGUGUGGAAUUCGAGCGCGGCGUUCAAGGACAGGUGGCCGUUUACAGCUCGGAGAAAAGAACUCUGCGAGUAGUGUCAAGACUACUCUUUGCUCUCAAGGACCACGGACCUUGCUCCAGAGAUGCGACCUGAGAAGCAGAUGCCGUAGCAGUGGAGGAGUACUGAACCGGAACAACACAGACGGCAGCAGUGUCUUAUGGCACAUGGUGGACUUCAGCAAGUCCAUGCCGUUCUGGACCAAAGAUGAGCAAAAGAGACCUAGAAAGAGAACUGAUUAUCCCGCUAGUCCACAAGAGAUGGACUUGUCAGUAUACGGAGGAUAGCGCCAUUGCGGCGAGCCAGGGAAGAUCCCAUGGCCAGAUGAUCCCGAAUCCUUAGCCGUACUCAUUACGGCCUGCUUUGAAUCUGCCACCUCAGCUUCACUUGACUCAUACGAGCAAAGUGACAUCUGGAGAGACAGUGUGGACACAGAUCCUGAUCCUGUUUGUUUAAAAUAAAAAUAAAAAGGAUAGCAUGGAUAAUGGAUGCAGUAGUGGCGAAUGCAAGCCGCCAAUCAAAUCUAGAUCAAUGUCCAGUACGGCAGCAACGUGGCGUCUGAAUAAAGAAG